CACACCUCCGCGACUGGAUCUCGCUGUAGGUGCCACAGGGGCGCCAUCAAGUGCUCCUGCAGCAGCUUUCUGGUGCUUGGUCAUUUGCUGUAGACGGAGCGGGACUGCGCUUACGCCCAGCACUCGUCGCGCCUCGGCGUCCGGCGCAUCACGCGGUCUGGUUGCACUCGGUUCGGGUGCUCGCCAGAAUUCAAGGACAGUGCCUCUUCGUAUCUCGCUUUCCGGGUUCGCUAUUGCAUAUUCUUACAACCUGCGAUGCUUUAUUGACGUCGAGCUUAUCAUAACUUGAUGGCAGUGACGAUCAAAACAGGACUUAAGCAUGAUGGAGCAGCACUGCCUGCAGGCACCAAGGGGGCGAAUGGAGUUUCGACAGGAAUACCGGACGUGGACCCUGUAGACUUCUGAAACCGGUGUAGCGCUGCCCCUUGCCGCGCCGCACUGGCGUGACUUACUUGAGCGCGCCAUGCCGGCAAGCUGACGGGAACAGAGCCAGUCGGCGAUCGUGCCUUAGUUCAAAGGUACAGUCCAGAGACGUACGCGACAUGAGAAGAGCGAAGAGGUGCAAGAACUUUAUCCUCAAGUCAGCGUUACCGUGUACUGUGUUGUGCACUGUGGUCUGUUUAGUGCUGUACACGCUUGACGCCUUCGGUCCACGUGAUGUGACGUUUCUUGGUGGCAACAUUACUAAACCGCACCGAACAUAUCGCGUUCUUAUGUGGCACAGCUUUAGCCAUGAUUUUUUUGAACGCAUUUUCGGGGACAAUGCCAUCGAGAAGUGCUCAUUUCCAUGCAAAUUCGGCCAAGACCGAAAUGACCUGUAUAGAAGCGACGUCGUCGUUUUGCAGAGCUUUUCUAAGUCGUUCUGGGAAAGUCUCCCUCGCCGCCGUAGACCGGGCCAGGCUUGGGUGUUGUACGCCAUGGAGCCUCCGCACAGACUGCCGGUGAAGGCUUCGAAGUUGGAUACGCUAGGUAUUAACUGGACGCUCUCUUAUCGAUUCGACGCUGACAUCGUGCACAGACAUAGCUUUAGGACGGUGCGUAGGCGAAUCGUCGAGCGCGUAUCAGCGCCGGACCCGAAAGCUAGACCCGUAGCGUGGAUCGUGUCCAACUGCCGGAGCUUCAGCCGCCGCGAGAGCUAUGUGCGGGAGCUGCAGAAGGUCGUCCCAGUGGACGUGUUUGGUCGCUGCGGGCGACACCGCUGCCGCGAGCAGCACUUCGGCUGCUACCGGGAAAUCGCGGCCAACUACUCCUUCUAUCUGGCCUUCGAGAACUCCGUCUGCAAGGACUACAGCACCGAGAAGCUCUUCCACCCGCUGAUGAACUCCAUGGUUCCCGUCGUGAUGGGCGGCGCCAAUUACUCCGCGGUCGCACCUCCGGGAUCCUACAUAAACUUCGCCCAUUUCAGGACCGCUCGAGAAUUGGGAGCUUAUCUGCUGGAGCUGCAAGGAAAUCCGCAGGAGUACAAGCGCUACUUCGAGUGGAAAAAGCACUACGCCAUAGAGAGGCCUUCCUUCGGUUGCACCACAUGCGAGCAGAUUCACCGGCUCUUCAGACUUCCCGCGAGAGAAAUCCGCCGCAGCCUGUACGAGUACCUCUGGAAAGAGGUGCGCUGCACCACGUGGCAGGGGCUGCUUAAUAGGACCUGGUCGUAACGCAACCCAGCUUGUCAGGAGUGCGCUAUCAAGACGCAACGCGCCAACGGCCUGUUUACCCCUCCACGUACUGUACAAGCUGUUACGCAAGCAUACUGUAUGCCCCAGCCAAUGCGGCGCAAGCUAUAACGAAAAAAAAAAUUCGGCAGAACCCAUCGCACGAUGACUGCCGAUGGUAAUGCGUUAAGCAUUGAAAAAGUAUAGCGACACAACCUAUUCCCACUGCAAAAACGAGGUAUGUAUGAGGCUGUACUUCAGUGGGACUCCUCUUUUACGCUCGUGACUUUUACGCUCGUGGGACUCCUCUUCUGCG